AUGAAUGCGCUCGAAGGCACAGGACAAAAGAAAAGCCCGUUUCCAUUCCUCCUCUCCCAAUCGCCAGCCGAUACUCUGACAAAAUUACUCAAAUGUACAUGUUGCGAUGCACGCGCAAUGCAGCCCGGAGCCUCCGUUUCCCAUCGAAGCCUUUUUGGUACCGUCAUUGUCCUAUGGUGCUGUGAACCAGAGACCCAGAAGAAACCGCGUGUUUCGAGUCUCUCUAAAGCCCGGUGUUUUUCCUGGUUCCCGUUUUUGUUUUCGUACUCGACGCCAAGGUUGUUGCCGAGACGGUGCCUACUCAGACACGUCUCCCAGAAUCCAUAUCUAGUCUAUACACGAAAGUCUCGUGGCGGCCGCAGCCAUGGCAUGAAAAAAUGCUCAACAGUUGAUGAGCCAUGCCACCGAGCCGCCAAACUUUCCAACUUUCUUUUUCGAAACAAAUAUUCUCUGGCGAUGCUUUGCAAGCGAGUGCCCGCGUAUAGGCAUGCCAAGAGGAUUGACGCCAAAACUCGUUCGCGAAGUCGAACAGUUUGA